CACGUAUCUAGAUACAGAAAAAAUUUCAGCCUCCCCCAAACCAGAAAUGAUGGCUAGCAUUGACAAGCACAUACUGAAAUAAUGCAACAUCUACACAAGAAUCUUUAAUUUCCAUUCAACAAGAGCUGCCGCAAGUACUGUUGCAGCACAAGGUGGCAUGGAUAUAGUCGCAGUCAAACAGCAUGCAAACUGGUCUCUCACAAGCAACACCUUUGAGAGAUACUACUACAAGCCAAACUCCCGGUAUGAACAAGUGGCAGAAAUGGUGGACCAAAUUAUUUUUAUGGAUACUAUAUACAAUACCAUAUCAGAAGGAGCUGGAGAGGAGGCAGCAAUCCCUGUGUUAUAAAGAAUACACAAUUUUGAAUUCUUGUCAAGUUUGAUUUUUAUUUAAAAUAAAAAAUAAACUGCUAGAAAGACAAGCUUUAUCGAUUAACUACUCUAUUAGUACCUUUUAGCAGAAUCUCAUUUUUACCUUGUCUCAACUAAAUUCCCUUUCUAUCCCAAAUUGUAUUCUUUUGUGUCUCAAUUCUCAUUUUUGUUUGUCCAAAAAAGUAUAAAUACAGUAUAUAAUAUAUAACCAGCCAAAAAAUAAUAAUAUCAGGGCAUACAUAAAAUUCAUUAAAUAUAAAUGUAUAUGUACAAGUGCAAAGCAUCGGCAGUUUCCUACAACUAUACCUUUAAUAAAAACUUAAAGUAAUUAUCACUUU